AUGAGCCACGCGACCCCUUCGCGCUACGCGACCGACGGCCACGCGCGCGCGUUCUCCAUCCCGGACGCGGACUUCCAGCGCGGAGACACAACGCUCAAGCGGCGGCGGAAACUGCCGGCGCUUCCGUCCGCCCCUCCCUCGAGCCGCGCGGUCGCUCCGUCUCAGACGCGCUCUAUCGCCGCCAUACGCGCCAGAUCCAAGUCCCGCAGCCGGUUUAUGCCGCAAAUGGGUCCGGGGCAGCACUUUGUUGCGCUCGGCAGUAAUCGAGCGGGCGGUGCAGUUACACAGAACACCAACAAGACGAGUUACUAUCACCCGCGCGUCCCGGAGACUCCCUAUCGACCUUUUCAGCCGCUAGCUGUUGCUGCUGCGGGUGCUCGGCCAUUUGGUGGAAGCCGAUGGAACGAUGGCCCGCAGUCGACGGCUUGUCCCCGACGCAACCCGUCGCCUGCUUUACCACACAGCACGCGAGCCGAGUCGGAGGUACAGGGGAAACAAGACAAAGCAGCAGCAGGAGCCAUGCAACGUACUCAACGAGAGCGCUCGAAGUCUGCAGCGAGACGCAGUGGCGGUGGACCAAUGAGCUUUCAUAAGGAUCUGGAGAUGUCGAGAUCCGGGACCAAGAAAGUGACGGAGAGCAAGCGGACACGCUCCAAGUCCAAGACACGGACACGCUCCAAGUCAAAGGCGCAGACUCGCUCCAAGUCAAAGGCGCGGACUCGCUCCAAGUCAAAGGCGCGGACUCGCUCCAAGUCGAAGACGCGAGAACGAUCUAGAUCCAAGACACGGGAGCGAGAGACGGAACGUGCUCGAAAGCGAAAACGUUUUUUGAGCUGCAGUCAGCUCUUGGGACGCUCGGAAGCUGGUGAUACGAAGAAGCACGACGAGAAAUCGACAAGGACGUCGUCGCAGGGGGAGGCACGAAGCAGUAGAUGCGGUAGUAGUCUGGACGAGAUUGAAGAUGCGAUUGCCAAUGCCGAGCAGGAGUUGAAGCCAAAGAAGAAGGAGUUGGACGACUUGCGUGGACAGAUGGAAAAGUUCCGGAAGCGUGUCGAAGCCAAAGAGCUAGAGGUGUACGACAUGCAGGUAGAUUUAGAUGCGUUGCGAAAGCGCAGAGACCGCCGGUUGCCCUCGCAUCAGAGCGAAAGCAGCCGCGAGGAUAAGCCUGCGAAACGACCCAAGAGCACACAGCGCGAAAGUCGCCAUUCAGUCAGUCGGCCACGACCAAGCAAGCGUCCUUGCAUUGUCGAUGAAGAGGAUGAUGAGGAGUGCACGGACGACGAUGAUGACGUUGUGAUCAUUGAACCGCACGAGAUGAAGCAAGAGUUGGGGAACAGUGCUGCGGCGGCGACAGGCAGCACGGUCGUGCCAGUUGAGGACUCGAUGCCUGAUCAUUUCUGGGGUCGUUCGCCGACGCCUAAGCUGCUGGCAAACCACCGCUUCCGUGCGAUCCCGGACGGCAGCGCUCGCAAGGGUCGGCACUUGGCGUUCAACCCGAUCCAGCCUCAGAUUUUCGCCACGAGCCCCGAUGAGGGAGGCCUUAUCCUGUGGAGUUACCAGCGUCAGGAUCAAGACAUUGCCAAGGUGGUGACGCUGACGCCGUCGUCGUUCCGGCGGAGUAGUCCGUGUGCAGAGGCUGUAUCAUGGAGUCCGGAUGGAAACCGCAUGGCCAUGGCGUUUCGUGAUCCUGUGGAUGACAAGGGAGAGCUCUGCAUUGUGCAGCUUCACCAGCUCAAGCUCGAAGACAGUUGCACGCCGCAGUCGCUUCCGCGCGACCGCAUCACUUCGAAGCGCACGAUUCUGCAUCCACGCGGUAUUUCCACGAUCGGGUGGUUGCCAAGUGGAUUUGGGUCCGAGACCUCUAGCCGUCAAGUGAUUACGACGGGCAACUCGGACCACGCAGUUGUGUUGUGGGAAGAGCACGAGGAUCGACAGAGUGGGGCUCUCGAUCUGAAGUGGAGCGUACUGCACCGUGACCAUCGCAGUGAAGUGAAGUCGCUUUGCAUCCAUUCCAAGCGCGAUUGUUUGUACACGGGUGGAUUUGACGGGCUGUUGAUUCGGUACGACGUGAACAAGGGAUGCACUGAGACAGUGAUGGAGCGCCGCAAGCCGAACAUUUGCAAGAUCAACUCGAUCCUCGAGCAUCCACACAACCCGAAUUUGCUUCUCGUUAGCAGCGUCGAGCAGGCUCAGCACAACAUGUUGUUGUAUGACGUCCGCCAGCGGUACGACAGCAGAGAGAUGUCGUUGACGUGGGAGGGUAGCUCAACGAGUCAGUACAUCGUACCGCGGUGGUCACCUGCAGGCUACCACGUCUCGUGUGGCAGCAAGACGGGUGUCGUGAAUAUCUGGGACGUGCGUAUGCGGGGCGACAAGUACCCUACAGUCGAGCCGCAGCAGGCGCUUCGUGUGCACAGCAAGACGGUGCUGCACGCGACGUGGCACCCGCGGUACGACGCAAUGUUCACCGUCUCGCACGACCGAACGCUUGGGUUGCUGACCUUCCGAUGA